AUGAAUCCUGGUCCAAACUACAGUGCUGCCUAUGUAGCCCUAAGAACAAACACUGCCAUCAAGGGCUACGGCAUUUCCUUUACCAUUGGCAGAGGCAACGACCUCUGCACGACCGCCGCGUCCAUGAUUGCCGAGCGCCUCAUAGGAAAAACCCUAGGAGAACUCACUGACAACAUGGGCGCAACGUGGCGACAUCUAGUGUCUGACUCGCAGCUGCGCUGGGUUGGCCCUGAAAAGGGAGUUAUCCAUCUUGGGCUCAGCGCUUGCGUCAACGCGCUAUGGGAUCUUUGGGGACGUUACCUCGACAAGCCGGUGUGGAAGCUAGUGUCUGACAUGUCCCCGGAAGAGUUUGUGCGCUGCAUAGACUUUCGGUAUAUAUUGGACGUUAUAACUCCUCAAGAAGGGGUAAAAUUGCUAAAGGAGCAAGAAGCGACCAAAGCAGCGCGGGUGGAAGAUGCAAAGAAGAACCGCGCUGUGCCGGCUUACACGACGCAGGCGGGAUGGUUGGGGUUCUCCGACGAGCGAAUGGUGGACUUAAUUCAGCAAAAUCUUGGAGCGGGCAUGAAUAAAUUCAAGUUCAAAGUAGGUGGCGAUCUUGAGAGCGACCGACGUAGGCUAAAGCUUGCCCGCGACACAAUUGGGUACGACAGCAUGCUCAUGGUGGACGCCAACCAAGUCUGGAGCGUACCGGAGGCCAUUGACUACAUGGUGCAGCUCGCCGAAUUCAAGCCAGUGUUCAUUGAGGAACCCACCUCGCCAGACGAUAUUCUCGGCCACGCCAAGAUUCGGCAGGCGCUCAAACCGUACGGCGUAGGUGUUGCGACAGGCGAACAUUGCCAAAAUCGCGUCAUGUUCAAACAACUUCUUGAAGCAGGAUCUAUUGACUAUUGCCAAAUUGAUGCUUGUCGACUCGGAGGUGUUAACGAAGUCUUGGCCGUCCUGCUAAUGGCGAAAAAGUUUAACGUUCCAAUUGUUCCUCACAGCGGCGGUAUCGGAUUAAACGAGUAUACGCAGCACCUCGCUCUGCUCAACUAUGUCUGCGUGUCGGGUAAGAAGAGUCUUCUCGAGCACAUUAAUUCGUUCCACGAAGUCUUGUUGCACCCGGUGCAGACCAAAGAUGGACACUUUGUGACACCUUGGGAGGCUGGUUAUAGUGUCGAGUACAAAGCCGAAGCCGUGGCUAAAUAUGAGUAUCCGACUGGCAGCUUUUGGACAACUGAGCAGGGUCUCGCUAUUCGAGAGGGCCCGCGAGUGUGA